AUGGCUUCGAACAAUGAUAGUUGGAUUGCUGAAACUGUUGGAGAUUUUAUUCAUUCUCCAAUUUGGGGAGCUCCCAUUAAUACAUUUAUAGAAGCAAAUUGUGCUAGUUUUGAUUAUGAUGAUGAUGAUACUACAGAAGACGAUGAUACAACACCAUCUUCAUAUGUAGAAGAACAAACUAGUAUUCAUCUAAAAUAUCAACGCCUUGUUGAUUCAUUGAUCGAAAGUCUUGGUAAAGAUCUUGAUUUAGAUCAAAACGAAUUAAAACAAGUUUGCCAAUUGCCAACAAAUAGUGAUGAAUCUGUUAUAAUUGAUGAGCCAUUUGAGCAACUUUAUGCUGCAAGAGAUUUUUCAUUGUUUCAAGAAAUGAUGAGAAGAAAAAAUUUGAUUCUUCAAUUACAAGCACUUGUUACUUUACAAUUACAAUGGGGUUUAUUAAAGCAAAGUGAUACUGGAGAUGAUCUUGUUCUGUCACUUUUAUUACAAGCUACAUCGUCAUCAUCAAGACAUGGAUCAAUUAAUAUACCACCAGAAUCAAUCCAAAAACGAGAAUUACCCUCAAGACAAGAUAAACAUCAGCACAAUGAUAGUGAUGGUGACGACAACAACAACAACAACAACGACGAUGAUGACGACGACGAUGGUGAUGUUGUUGUCGUUGUAAAACCAAAACAAUCAUCAUUAUCACUGCCACCACAACAGAAAAAAGAACCAAGUCAACCAAAAAAAGUAUCCAAGGAAGAAUAUCGUUUACCUGAUCUGCGAGGUAAAAGUGGUCCAGAACUCGAUUCCAAAUGGCAUAGGGAUCUUCAAAGCACAAAUCGAAAAAAAGAUGACAAUGACGAUUCAAAAGAAAAUGAUCCAUCAAAAAAAACAUCUACACCACAAACCAUUGGUGCUGUUUCUGAAGAAGUACUUCGUGAAAAAUUACGCGAAUUGACUGUUCGUACAACAUCAUCCACAAAUGAUGAAGCAACUGCUGCCAUAAAAUCGCGUCAAAAUUUUCUUCAACAACAACGUGAAUUAAUUGUAAAUAAACAACGUGUCGAGCGUGCACGAGAUUUAGAACAACAAACACCUAAUGCUCGACCUCAGUCAGCUGCGCACGUGGCACGCAAAGCUAUGGCCACAACGAAUAUACCAACAAAUGAAAAUAAGUCGACACAAGAAUCAACACAAAUACCCGACGACGAAUUAAACAAACGAAGAGCAAUGAUUGCUAAACUUAAACGUGAAGUUGUAGACAAACGAUGA